GUCCUCUCGGCAUCUGACCAUAUAUUUAUUUACCAAGCCUUCAAGUCCACUUUCCGUAUAUUACACUACCUUUCAAAUCGUCAAAUAAGUGGCCGCCGUGGAUCUUGGUCGAAAUACAUAUUCAACCGAAAUUAUCUAGAGAGGCGGAUGUUGAAUCGUUUCACCCAUUCCGAAACUUGAAGACGAGGAGUGGUACUUCAACCCUUGUAGAAUCCAAGGUGUCCGAAAUGGACGCCAAACAGGCCCAAUUGUUCACUUCGUCGGCCGCCUUUUCAGCCUUUGCGGCUUCGGUACUCCUGGUUAGUGAUCAAAUCAAAACCAGAGUUCCAGACCCUUACAUGGAUGAGAUCUUUCACGUCGAACAGGCAAAAACUUACUGCGCUGGUCAAUGGACAACCUGGAAUAACCUGAUCACCACACCACCUGGACUAUAUAUCGUCCCUAGUUUACUCCACCAAGCCUUACCAAAAUGGUUCCUGUGUUCAACCAAUCAUCUCCGCUGGAUGAACGCUGCUCUACUCUGUGCAUUUCCACUCCUCAUCAGCCGGAUCCUCUCCCACUUCCGAACUACUCCCUACCCUCCCAGACCGGGUGUUAAACCACGUGUAAGGUUUCUGAUCCCCGAGGAUGAGAUUAUCUUGGAAGCCAUCAUCAUCUCCUGUUUCCCAAUAACAUACUUUUCUGGCUUUUUAUUCUACACCGAUCUCGGCUCUCUAUUCGCCAUCAUAGCCUCGUAUGAUCAAAGCCUCGCCGGUCGUCAUGUGCUGGCCGCUCUGCUAGGGCUAUGGAGCUGUCUUUUUCGACAAACAAAUAUUGCAUGGGUUGCCUUUAUCGCCGGAUCAGCCUUGAUUAACCAUCUACGUCAGAUCAACAACACCGGCCCUUCUACCCCGAAGUGCUCACAAGUUAAUCACGCCAAAAGAACGCACCGUCCCUCCCAGCCCUACGACUUAUCGUUGACGAGCGCUUCUCUACUCGAUUUACCCCGAGCAAUCCGUUCACUGGUUUUUGAAAGCUUUACCAACUUCUCCAGUACCUUGCCCAUAGUACUUCCAUAUGCUGGUGUAGUAGUUUGCUUUGUAAUAUUUGUUCUAUGGAACGGGGGGAUUGUCUUAGGCGAUAAAUCAAAUCACAUCACGGCUCUACACAUACCACAACUAUACUAUUUCGCAGGUUUUUCAAUGGCUUUUUUGGUCCCAGUAUCGUUUGACCUCUUUUUGAUCAGAAGGACGCUUAAAAGUUUAUUUGGUUCUCCUAGAUCAUUUUUCUUGAGCUGCUGCUUGUUCGUUACGAUUCUGUGGACUAUUCAUAAAUUCACAUACGAGCACCCAUUUCUGCUGUCUGAUAACAGACAUUACACAUUUUACGUCUGGAGAAGAAUAUUCAAAUUCCACCGAUUAGUCAAAUACUUGUUCACGCCGGGCUACAUGAUUUGUGUAAAGAUGAUAUGGGAAAGAAUAGCGCGAUCUUUUACGAUGAACCUGCUGAUCACGACUUUUUACAUUAUCGCCUUGGGGCUCACCUUGAUUCCGUCACCCUUACUCGAACCACGAUAUUUCCUCGUACCUUAUGUAUUGCUAAGAUUACACAUUCGACCGGUAGUCGAAGAGACCAAAACGUGGUCCAUCAGGGUAUUCACAGAGGGCUGUUUAUACGCACUCGUCAAUCUAGUCACUAUUACAGUUUUUCUGUUUCGUCCGUUUAAAGGUCGGCCGGGUGAAUGGGAAGGUACUUGGCAAAGGUUUAUGUGGUAAUCUUCAUUUUCGAAAACUUGAACUAUGUACCUACAUAUCUUUCAUUUUUAUGCACAAAUCAUUAUCAGUAACUACUAAAAGCUUCCUUUUUGCUCCAGAGAAAAAUUUACAUCCAUUGUGAAAAAGCCAAAAAUUUCCAAAAU